AUGGAAGAGCGCAUUCAGUUGCCCAAUGGUCACCUUUUGAACUUGAACCCACGACCACGUCACUUCAAGCCUACGGGAGACGCCUUUAGAAGCCAGGGAACACGAAGGUCCCAAACACCAGAACACGAUACCGAAGGGGACCAGGAAUCAGGAUCUCCGCAAGAAAGGGGCCUGGGAAGUCCGCCGCAAUACGCCAUGCAGAAAACUAAAGCUACGAAACUGCCGGUGCCUAGGUCGCAUACAGACAGAAGAAAUGGCAAUUGGAGGAAAGUAGAAAUCGAAGAUGAGGACGAGACCGAGGCGGGAGAUGCUCAGGCAUAUGCUUCACCACCGCCAUCCGAACCCAGAUCUGCGGGAAAAGACCGAGAGCAAUACUGGAAAAAAGUCCGAGAGAGGUUUGAGAAGGAGUCACCUUUGCCGUCCAAGACCCGAGACAGGCCAAAGGGCUACUAUCAGGGGGCUUACCGAAAGAUCAUGUCUCUCGCCAAUUCUCCCAGACAGGAAAUCGCCAAAUACAAGCUGAAAAAUGGCGAAGGACUCAACUCCAAGACUGGGAUACCCACUCCUACCUCCCAGAGUCCACAAAGCUCUGUAAACAGCUCUAGAGGUCAACCAGUUCGCCGUCGUGUGAACAGCAGGGGCGUGAAAAGACAGGGUGUCGAUGAAACCUGGCGCCAGAAGUCUGGUAGAACUGACAACAACACAGACUCGUCGGUUAAUUCCAAUUUUUCUUUAUCGCCUGUAUCGGGGCCUGGAAGUUCAAUGACAGAUUGGGAGGACAAGUUCGUCGUCCACAUGCCAUCGGCAAGGGAGCCCAACCCUCCGACCAUGACCAGUCAACAAAUAGCCCAGUUUCAAACCAGUAUUGAAAAGGUUCACCGAGCUGGGGAAGAUAUGCUUGACCCUGAAACUUUACCCAGCCCACGCAAAAUCGGGAAACAGCGAUGUAGCACUAUCUGGGAAGAAUCGGCUAGGAAAACAAAGAAAAAGCCUUGCAAUGUCAACUCAGACGGGUCUUUUUUAGGGUGCAAGGAAAUCAACGGGCCUACGGACAAGAACCCGGACGAGAUAUUGCUGUUUUGCACUGUGCCAGAGCGCCCAAAAGUAGUCAACGUCCCAGCCCCGGCCCCAAAGAAGCCAGCCCAGAAGUCCACAGCCCACCCAAAGGCUUCCGCAGCGGAGAAGCACAUCGUCCAAGAGGAAUGGAAAUCAGUUACUCAGAACUUGAAGCAUGUCCAAUCCCCGAAGCCGUUGCCAAAAACGAUGUGCCAAGAGACCCAGUGUCAACGACCAGAGAAGUCCAGAAUCCCAACCCAGCCUGCAUCAAAGGAAAAUACAAAGCCUGCGAGCAGUUCGAACACUUCUCCCAAGGGCCAAGUCGAGAAUCGGAAGGGGGGCGAUGCAUUCAUUACCACACCCACUACCACGAACACUAUGGUCGGCACAGAAGGUACAAAAAGAGACACCCAGAAAACCCCCGACCCCAAGCAACCAGUUUCUCAAUCGAGGCAUUCAACGACUUCCAUCCCGUUGGGAUUGCGACCAGCCGUUCAGCUGUCGCAGAAGAAAUCAGAUCCCCCUUCCACAACGUCCUCGCAGGCUGCUUCUCCCACAAAUAUCCAAUCCAGCAAAGGCAGAAUAAGCCCCAAGCUGACCGGCGGAGAAAGCACAAAAGGUAUUCGUGGGUUCAUCCGUACGUCCGGAACGGUAAAAUCCAUAACAGAAAACCUUAACCAACCAAAGCACAAUGAUCCUCGAAAGCCACUUUGUGUAAGCGUUACGUCGGAAGACCAUGAUGCUGUCCCAUCAAGAACGGUUUCGGAAACAUCACCCCCUGGAAAAGUCUCACCCCAGCCAGCCAUAUCUCUAUCUCCUCCACUGAGGGCCAGGGGCAAGGUAGGAAGAAAAGAGCAAUCUCAGGCUAUGGAAGUGGCCGAGCUUGAUGGGCAGCAAGUUAAAGACAGACAAAGAGGAGAUUUUCGUUUCAAUACGACCGGCGCUAGCGCUGAUUCACAGCAAACUGAAGGACAUGACGACAAGCACCAGCUGGAUCCAUUGACCCUUUCUCUCAUCUUCCACAUAUUAGUGCUGUCGAUUGCAUACAUGCAGAGGCUUCUCAUCAAGCUUUCGACAAAUCGAUAUCCCAAAAUUGCCUUUGAUAUUGUUCUCAAUAUGGCCGAACAUUGCUUUCAUGUUCUCAGUCGUGCCUGGAACGCUCUCACCAUCUAUAGGACCACAGGCUCCUGGCCUUGGCCAAGCCAUCAGGAUGUUGGGCGAGUCUUAGCAGAUCUCAGUCAGACUUUCGUUUACCUUGUCACUUUGGGAUUCAUCAUUAUGCUUGUUGGGCGGGCAGCAGGAUAUGUUGUCUUCGUUGGGAGCUGGAUCGUUUGGUUUGCAAGGCCGUUCGGUUGGGUGUUUGGGGCAGUAGGACGACUUCUCCAGGUCUAA